AUGGCUCGUUACAAGACUUGCCACAACGCGCGCAAGGAGAAGAGAUGCUCAAGUUCGACCUUCAGUGACCGCUCAGGCUCAACGAUACCGCCAUCUCAUUCACCACCGCCACCACCGCCACCUCCCCUACCAACACCAUUCUUCAAGCGCGUCAACAACAUGGGGCCGAACGCGCAGUCAGACUCUGAUGAGGAAGAAAAGCAACUCGAGCUAUCCAUGGAAGAUCUCUGGUAUUUCAUGACCAUGAUCGACACUGGCGCCGCAGAGGACUUUUCCAAAACCACACACCUCAAGAUCAACAUUGACUCGUCGGACUUUGGCGAUUGGGAAGACGAUAGCUGGUGUCUGUUUCUUGCCACCUUCGCACCUCUGUCACAAAAAGUCACCCAUCUCGUCAUUCACAUCACAGGCAACACAAUCUUCACUCGCAACAACUGCAUCAAGCCCCAACUCCACACCUAUGAAGAAGUCAUUCCUCUCAAGGGCAAGGGCAAAGGCGUGGAACGUGAACUGGGUCUUCACUUCUCAGACCCUCCUCCCGACAUCUACGAACCAGACCCAUCCAUGCUACCAAAGUUCACUCGCUCAAGCAUGAAUUCCAGAGCCAAUUCCAAUUACAUUGCUCCACGCUCCCUUGACACACCCAUCAAAUCCAACAAAAACCACUUCAUCACCAAAAAAGUGCCUGCCUACAAGACAUCCGUGCACGUUUACGAGAAAGCCAUCAUACCAGCUUUGAUAAACAUGUUUGCAAACCGCUCUCCUCCUAUAUCGUUUAUAACAAUUCAAGGACCCAUCCACCUCUCCCUCCGCCGUCAUAUCAUCAGCUCUCUACAUUCUUCUCACCUCUCCAACCCCAUUCUCUUCACAGAAGCUGGUUACGCCACCGCAGACGCUGCUCGCAUUGCCGAAGUGGAAGCUUGGGAAGCUUCGUUUCCUGAACUCAGAAGUUUGAAGGAGGGAGUCCAGGAUCUAGAGGACUUUUCCCAGUGGGACAAGACGAGUAUGGAUGAAGUCAAUUUUCAUGGAUUGGGGGAGUGGGUUGUGCCAUCGGGUAAGGGCGGAAUGGGAACUUGGGGUUGGAAGGUUGCGGGUUCAAAGGUGUUCAGGGGGCCUAGUCUGGGCUGGUUGGGUAGGGAUGGUGUGUGA